CAUCUUUCCAACCAUCUUUUCUUUUCUGAAAGGUGCCCACCCAAUAUAGAAUCACAAAAUCUAACAGGUAUCUCAGAAUUCCAUCUCCUGGAACUCUCAGAGGACCCAGACCUGCAGCCCAUCCUCUUUGGAUUGUUCCUGUCCAUGUACCUGGUCACAGUGCUUGGGAACCUGCUCAUCAUCCUGGCUGUCAGCUCUGACUCCCACCUCCACACCCCCAUGUACUUCUUCCUCACCAACCUGUCCUUGGCUGACAUUGGUUUUAUCUCCACCACAGUCCCAAAGAUGAUUGUAGGCAUUCAAACUCACAGCAGAGUCAUCUCCUAUGUGUGCUGCCUUACACAGAUGUCUUUGUUUAUUAUUUUUGGAGGUAUGGAUGGUAUGCUUUUGACUGUGAUGGCCUAUGACCGAUUUGUGGCCAUCUGUCAUCCUCUGCAUUAUCCAGUCAUUAUGAGCCCUCGUCUCUGUGGCUUCUUGGUAUUGAUCUCCUUUUUGGUUAGCUUUUUGGACUGUCAGUUGCACAAUUUGAUUGCCUUAAAUUUUCCCUACUUCAAGGAUGUAGAGAUUCCUAAUUUCUUCUGUGACCCUUCUCAGCUCCUCAAUCUGGCCUGUUCUGAUACUUUUACCAGUAAUAUAGUCAUGUGUUUUGUUGCUGCCAUCUCUGGAUUUUGUCCGAUCUCUGGGAUCCUUUUCUCUUACUAUAAAAUCAUUUCUUCCAUUCUGAGGAUCCCGUCCUCCAGUGGAAAGUACAAAGCCUUCUCCACCUGUGGGUCUCACCUCUCAGUUGUUUGUCUAUUUUAUGGAACAGGCUUUGGAGUGUACCUUGGAUCAGCUAUAUCGCAUUCUCCCAGAAAAGGUGCAGUGGCCUCAGUGAUGUACACUGUUGUCACCCCCAUGCUGAACCCCUUCAUCUACAGCCUGAGGAACAAGGACAUUAAGAGUGCCCUGAGGAGGCUACAGAGCAGGUUGGUCUAA